AUGCAAAAUAUUAAUCAUUUAAGGAAAAAGAGAACUCGAUCUGAAGAGAAAGUAAAUAAUACUUUGUCUAGUGUUGAUAAUAAUAGUUACAUAAGAUGUCAACUCGAUGAUUGCAAUAAUAUUAAUAUUCGCAAAGAAUUUUAUGAGGAACAUUUUGAAACAUAUCAUGAAUUUCUUUGUGAAGCCUGUCACAAGAAUUUCAUUAAUGAUUUCAUACUUAAUUUACACAUAGAGGAAAAUCAUGAUCCAUUUAAUUACAAACGAAAGAGAGUUAAAUGUUUCGAUCAAGGUUGUAAGAAAAUGUUUACUACAAAGGAAGAGAGGAAAAUCCAUUUUUUAACAUGCCAUAAAGAUCAUAUGCUUUAUAUAUUUUUUAAAACCAGAUAUGAUAAUUAA